AUGCUUGACAUCACGAAAGACCCAAUCGAACAAGGUUUUGAGGCCAAAUCAUACGAUUUGAUCAUUGCAAGCAAUGUUCUACAUGCCACUCCCAUAAUCCACGACACUCUGGUGAACGUGCGAAAGCUGCUUGCUCCCCGAGGUUACCUAUUUCUGCAAGAAUUAUGCCCAACGAUAAGGGCUACGAGCCUAAUUAUGGGAAUAUUGCCAGGAUGGUGGCUGGGCGAGAAUGAUGGGAGAGUUGAUGAGCCGUUCAUGCCUCCCCACAAGUGGGAAGACGCUCUGAAACGGGCAGGGUACUCGAAGGCUGCCGAAGUCUUCGACGGCCCUCGCCCAUAUCACAUCAACGUCAAUAUGGUCUAUCGGCCUGCACAACUCCUACCUAAUAUUCAUCGCGUGACUCUACUUCACAAUGUCGGACAGGAUAUUGAGCAUCUCCUAGAUACGCUAACGAUCCGUGGAUAUCAGGUCGACUUGAGCACACUUCAAGAUGGGCCUCCACCGGAUCAAGACAUUAUCUCAGUUUUGGAGCUCGAAGCACCGCUCUUCGCGAACAUAUCCCACGAAGAUCUGAUAGCCUUCCAGAGAAUGGUGGUUAGACAAGGGAACAGCAAGAUACUGUGGCUCAUUCCGGCGGCCCAAUAUGAAGUAAGUUCAUCACCCGAGUUUGGCCUCACCCUUGGCCUCGCUCGAACGCUACGAGCAGAGAACUCUGUCUCAUUCGCAACACUGGAAUCAAAUUGGCCCAAAGAUCCACUCGGCCUACUGAUUGCGAAGAUAUUCGAAAACCUUAACAGCCAUGGUUCACUGGGAUCCCUCGAUGCAGAUAGCGAGUUCUUCAUCCGUAAUGGGACCAUUCUAGUGGGACGAUAUUAUCCGGCCUCAGUGGCCGACGACCUGGCAAUCACGGCAUCCAAGCCUUGCGCUGCUAAGUUGGCCAUCGUGCGCCCCGGACUAUUGCAAACUCUACAAUGGACCCCUUUGACAACAAGAGAACCUGAGCACGGUGAAGUGGUCAUUCAGCCGCGUUGCGCAGGCCUGAACUUUAGAGAUGUGCUUCUUGCCAUGGGAGUUCUUGAAGAUAAAGAAUUAAGUAUUGGGCUGGAAGGCUCCGGUGUGGUAACAGACGUAGGUACUGGAGUAACCGACCUUCACAUUGGCGACCGAGUUAUUUACCUCAACAAAAAUUGCUUUGCAACCCGUAACACGAUUUCAGCUACGACAUGCGCCAAGAUCCCGCAAAACAUCUCAUAUGAGGAAGCUGCCACUCUGCCUGCCGUCUAUGCUACUGUCAUCCACUCGCUUCUAGACAUCGGUGGUCUACAGAGCGGCCAGUCAGUGCUGAUUCACUCCGCAUGUGGAGGCAUUGGGAUCGCAGCCUUGAACAUCUGCCAGAGCAUUGGUAGAGUCCAGGUUUAUACAACUGUCGGAAACGAGGAAAAGGCCCGUUAUCUUACAGAAGCCUUCAGUAUCCCUCGCAGUCAUAUAUUCAAUUCUCGUGACACCUCCUUCCGAGAGGAUCUCCUUGCUGCUACUGAAGGACGUGGUGUCGACCUGGUGCUCAACAGCUUGUCGGGGGAGCUUCUACAUGCCUCCUGGCAAUGCGUAGCUCCAUGUGGUAAAAUGCUUGAAAUAGGAAAGGAAGACAUUGUUGGAAAGGCCCAGUUGAACAUGGGUCUCUUCGAGGCAAAUAGAAGCUUUAUUGGUAUCGAUUUGAAUGGACUUGACACUUCGAAGCGUCACCGGCUACUUGUCCGUACCCUUCAAAUGCUCGAAUCUGGAGACAUCAAGCCUAUUUCACCCAUGACAGUCUUCCCUGCCGUUCAGAUUGAGGACAGCUUCCGUUAUAUGCAGAAAGGCACGCACAUGGGGAAGAUCAUCGUGACAUUUCCAGAAAGAGAACAGGACUUGCCACUAGCUGCGACUAUUCCGAACCUGACUCUAAGGGCCGAUGCCUCGUAUUUACUCGUUGGCGGGAUGGGCGGUCUGGGCCGAGCAAUAGCGACCUGGCUAGUCGAGAGAGGCGCCAGACACCUCAUCUUCUUCUCCCGAUCGGCCGGAACAUCAGAACAGGACCUACGAUUUAUUGAAGAGCUAGAAUGUCAGAGUUGCAAUGUCCAAACCAUUCAAGGCAGUGUCAUAAAUAAAGAAGACGUUAUGAACAUCACCCAAGUCGCAAAGAAACCAAUCAAGGGGGUCUUCCAACUGUCAAUGGUACUUCAAGACAAGCCAUUCAUGGAAAUGGAUCUCUCAGACUGGACCGCCGCAAUUGAACCAAAAGUUCAAGGAACAUGGAAUCUACACCAUGCGAUGCCGGAAGUUCUGGACUUCUUCGUUGCUGGAUCCAUUAGCGGGUCCUUCGGUGCACCAGGCCAAGCAAACUACGCCGCAGCCAAUACAUUCCUCAACGCCUUCGUCCAGUACCGCAGGAGUCUAGGUCUCCCCGCCUCAGUCUUACACAUCGGUCUCAUGGACGACAUUGGCUAUCUAGCUAAAAACAGUGACAAAGCAGAUACUCUUCGCGCUGCGGACGGGUACUUCCUCAGGGAGAAAGACCUCUUGGAUUCACUCAGUUGGGCCAUUGUCAAAUCCGCAGUGGAUCCAAUGGAGGAUGGAUCAUUAACAAUCGGGCUACGCUGCAACAAGCUUCUCUCCGAUCCAACCAAUCGUAUAGUGUGGAGAAAGGACCCUCGCAUGGGAGUCUUUCAGAACAUAUACAAUGAGGCACCAGCCAAUAGCAGUGGUGGAAACAGAGAGACCGACGCGCUCAAAAGUUUCCUAACGUCCGUAGAAGCAGAUCCGGAAACAGUGCUUAAUGACCCUGCUUCAGUGGAACUAAUAACACAUGAAUUGGCUGUCAAGAUCUAUACUUUCAUGCUACAGCCAUUGGAGGAUCUAGAUGUGGGCGUAUCACCAUCCGCGCUGGGCGUUGAUUCCCUUGUCACUAUCGAGAUCAGGAACUGGAUGAAGAGAGGUCUGGGCGGCAUUGAGAUCAGCACAUUGGAGAUCUUGAAUGCGGGAUCCAUUGCUACUUUGGGGAUGCUGAUAAUCGAGGCGCUGAAGAAGAAGUUCGUUUCACAGAUUGUGAGAGCGGAAGGGGGUGCGUAA